UAUUGAAGAAAGCGUGGAAUCCGUUUCACAAAACAAGUCACGUACGCCAUUUUUCUGUGGAGUUUUGUUUCGCUAGAGAAAAAAGAAUUGGCGUGGGCCUAUUUCUAAAACAGGAAAAUGAACAGAGCGCUGAUUCUGAGGUCCCUGUUGCCACGUGCCAGGGCUAGCUUUUCCACGACAACGAGGUCCCAAAUUCAGAACAAAGUCAAAGAAAAUCAGCUGCGAUUUCAGAAAGACGAUGGCUUGCCAGUGCACCUGAAGGGAGGUCUCAUGGACACAUUUUCAUACACCGUAAUCAUGGGACUGACGGUGGCCGGCACUGCAUGGGUCUGCUACGAACUAUUCACUCUCUCAAUGCCCAAGAAGUAGACCAUUUCUGUCGGCAGCCCAGAAACCCUCUUUCUCCAUAGUUCCUCACGUUCAUCCCCACACACUCAAUCCUUGUUUAAUGUGUUUUUGAUAGAGCAAAGAUGGGCAGGAAGAAGCCAUUAAAGCCGGGAGUUCUGUUGAUCCGAGGGUACGGAUUGCCUACAAUGCGGCCAUGACCAUUGCCGGAGUCUGCUUUGCAUUUCUGGGCUUUGCUCUCUAUGUUGCGGCCCACAAAACUGAUCAACAGAAUGAAAAGAAAACUUGAUCCCAAAUCAUAGUAAUUACCACAUUUUACAAUACAGAAACUCAACACCUUCAACUGCAGCUGUGUUUUUGAAGGGAUGGAGUGAUUGGAAUGCCUCUUGUGAGACUAUUAAACAACCUUUCAUCUAUCAAACAAUUGACCUUUGCACUCUGGCAACCUUCAAAUAAUUCAACAUGUAUUAGUUAUGUGCUGAGGCAGCUAACCAUUUGAUAAAGGUAUGCAUCAAGUUCUUCAAGGCAGCUUUAAGAUGGAGCUUUUUAAAGCUAGUCAGUUUUGGGUGUCCACAACAGUAAUUAUCAAAAACAGUUCAUCAGUAUUGCCUGGGGCGAGAGUAAGCUAGCCCUGUUUGGUUUUAUGUUUACAGAAUACACAUACUUAAAAAACCCAGUGCAUCUUACGUGUAUUAUUAAAAUGUAAAUUAUACCUUGUUCUGGUAUUAUAUCAAAACAACUGCUUUCAGCAAAUAUGCACUGUGUUGGUCUGAAGUUCAAGCAUGCCCAUUUGCACAGACCAGUAAUUUCAAUUCAGUGUUUUUAAUGUGUUAAGAUGUGACUGGUGUGUAAAGCUUUGUCUGUGUAUUCAGGCAUGGAGUUUUAAGCAGCUGGCUCUAUGUGACACCCAUUUCAUUGUGCCUGACCAUUCAAAAUGUUCAAGAUGGCUGCCGGCAAAAAUCUGUGCUGAGAAAUCCUAUUCAAAAUCAUCUGUUGUGGAAUUGAAACAUAAUCCUAAAUAACCCUGUAGUAUAUAUGAAAAGUUGAUAUUGAAACAGGAAGAUUCAGGACUGCUGAAGAAAAUAACGAAUUUCAGUUCCACAGAAUGAAUGUAUGUGCAUUCCCCCCAGUUUCUCAGUCACACGUUGAAUUUAAGCCAUUGCCAUGUUAGGAUUUUGUUGGAUACAUGUAUUUACUGGUUCACAGGACUGUAUUUUUUUUCUGCCCAUUUUUGGUCCACCAUUUUCACAAUGUUAGAAGAAAGACAUUUAGCACAGUAUGUUAAUUUAUCCUGAGUGUGAAAUGAGUUUGCAUGUAUAAAUUUUGUUUUUAAUCAAUAAAUGGAGGCAUGUAAAACAAAGGAGACAAACAGGCAGAAAAUGAACGUAUGAUUUGUGUACAAGUGUAGCGUCUCCACAUUGGAGCAACAUAAAUGAUAUUUGAUGGAAAAGUUUCAUUUGUUCAUAAUGUCAAGGGCACACUGCACUCUGUGUACCUUCUAAAACAAGCUACAUGUACAGUACAUGUACAUUGACUUUUAUGGUGCACUGUGCACAAUGCAUAGGUUUUACAUUGCAUUAUAGAGUACAUGUAUGACUGAAUGUCCCUUCCAGCCACCACAUGGCAUUCACAUUUCAAAGUGAUUGAUCGAAGUCAAAUGGACACCUAUUCGUGUUCCCAGCUCGUGUGAAACAUGUCAUUUGUGCACACAAAGCGUAGAAGUAUUUUUACGGUCUCAACAUUUUUUUUAGACCAUAUAUUGAUAUGUGUGUUCUUGUGAGUUCAAAUUAACUCUCCAGAAUAAUUAAUUUGCAUACAUACUUAUUACAUGUACAUCAUUAGAGUGUUCUGAAGAAAGAUUGUUAUUUGGUUUAAUAUUGCAAUAAAUUUGGCUAUUAAACCUUAUGGAGGAAA